AUGUACAACGCAAUCAGAGGCCGGGUCGGCCAUUCGGCCGACACAUACAUCAUACUCGGCAAGAAGCCCGCGGCCGACGGACAGGACGGAGAGGAAAAAGCCAAGCGACCCGCAAAGUCGCAAGAUGAAAGCGAUUCCGAAUCAUUUGAGCCGAAUGUCCUGUAUUACGAGGAAAAAACGAAGCUCAAGGUCAAGCUGGCGGAGACUCUGAACUCAAUGCCGGAGUACUCGAAUAUGACGGUGUCGCACGAACAGACGAUCAAUACGGAGGAGAGCAGGCAGGUGAUACACGGGAUCUGGAGUUCGGAAAUCAGCGAUAAGCUCUGGAACACGCUGAACAAGGAGCAGGAGGUCGAUUUUGCCUUCCACGACCUCAACCCAGCCACUACCGACCACUGCGUCGUCGGAACCUGCACGCAAGCGCCAGUAAUCAAAGCGGCGCACUUCAAGGAACUCAUAGACAAGGUAGUGUUUAAGGCCGAGGUAACCGAGAAGGGCCGAAACGUGCCCCAAAGCACGAACCGGGUGGUGCCUAAUGAAAACGCCCAGAUGGUGAUCAUAUUCGGAGGAGCCAGCCCGUCGGAGAAGCAACUUAGAGCCUGUAAAGGCAACCUCAGCCUGCUCAGCAUCCUCGAUGUUGCUGAAGACCUCAAGGUCAACAACGAACUCUUCACCGUAUCGGUCAGGAGUGCUGAUCCGCAGUGGAAGCCGAUAGCGUCAAAGGGUUGCCCCUCGGCGAGGGCUUUCCACGCCUCCACAAUUAUGUACACGGACUUCGCAACACCUAUUUUGUGCGUCACGGGAGGUUUCGGACAAAACAGGAGAAUCAUGGACAUGACACUGCACAUGAUGCCGCUUGUGCAGAAAAACGAACACCCGGUAUGGAUCGCGCUCACGGCGGCGGGCAAGAUGCCAACGCCACGGUACGGCCACACCAUGGGACAGGUUCAUGAAUACAUUACCGUAUUCGGGGGCACGAACGGAUAUGAAAUCCUGAACGACCUAUGGGUACUCAACCUGCACCAAGGAACGGUAGAUGAGAACAACAGGAAUAUCUCGAAUGAGUGGAUCCGAGUAGAAAUCGCCGGGCCCACACCAGCGCCACGAUGUUUCCAUGCCUCCGUCAAAAUUGGAAUACAGACGUCGAACCCGAUUAUUAUAUACGGAGGAGUUACCGCCGACGAUUCGGCGCGAGCCUACGCUUUGAAAAACGAUCAAUCUGGUAACCUGAGAUGGAGCAUCUUGCCAGUGAUGGUGACUGCGCCACAUGAGAAGAGGGCGUUCCACUCGAUGGCAUACCACGACGGCCAAAUUUUGGUGACUGGUGGAGAGGACUUUACCAUUAAAACGCCAUCGGUACACCAAUGCCUGAUGUACCACAUAAACGCAAGGGAGUUUCAGUACACCAAAGAGGCAUUGCCGCUGACGGGGCACCGAAGCGUGCUGCUCGACGGCAUGAUGUACCACUUGGGAGGAAUAAGAAACACCUCACGAGUAUCAAUUGAGCCCAUUCCGGCACCCAAAAUAAACGCAACGCAACGCGCGCAAAACGCAUCUGCAGGCAGCAAAACAGGAUCUGAAGGCAAGAAAAAAGCGGUGCAAAUCGCCAAGGAGGCGGCAGGUGGAUUAAAACGGGAGGAAAAGGCUAACAAAUCAGCAACACAGCAGAAACCCAGUACAAGCGCUAAUGCGAAAACAAAAACGCCCUCGCAACCUAACAUUCUGGAUUUCGCUAAAAAAGUCGAAGUGGAGCCAGAGUUUCAUACUCCGCGGGAGAAUAACACCGAUUGUGAUAUGGGGGUAAGCACGAAACCGAAGAGAGAUGCAGCAAGGAAAUGCGCUCAAACGGUCGAAGAGGAAAUCGCCAGGAGAAGAGCUCAGAAGGCAGCAGAAGAGGCUGCAAGGAUACAAGCUAAAGAGUCAGCAGAUGAAGCGAGGAGUAACGCUCAGAAAGUGGCGGAAGAGACUGCAAGAAAACACGUGCAAGCGGUAGCAGCCGAGGCUGCCAGGAGACAAUCUCAAGCCGUAGCAGAAGAAACAGCAAUGAGACAUGCUCAUAUGGUGGCAGCUGAAUCGGCGAUGAGGGAGAUUCAAGCAGAAGCAGCCAGGAAACAGGCCCAACCAACAACCGAUAUGGCAAGGAUAAAUGCUCAAGAAGCUCCAGUGGAAGUGGCAAAGAGUCCAUCCCAAGCUGCAGGAGUAGGAGCGGAGGAAGGUGGCUUUCAAGCGGUGCCGAAUGGCACUGCCAAUGUUAUCUCCCAAACCGUAGCGGAUAAAGCUGCUAUAGUUAUCUCUCAAUUGGUGCCAGGUGACAGUGAAAUCGUUGGUUCUCAAAACGCCGAUAAUGAAGGGGAGAAAGUGAACACUCAACCAGUUGUAGACGUAGCGGAGAAUGUUGACUCUCAACCGCUAGUAAAUGCAGCUGAGAAUGUUAACAUUCCAAAGGCCGUAGUUGAAGCCGAGAAUGUUAGCACGCCAAUGGGGGCAGUGGAAGCAGAUGAGAAUGUCAGCACUCCAACGGUGGCAGUGGAGAGACCAAUUGCGGGAGUUCAAGCCGUGGCAGAUGCGGGAGCAAAGGCAGAAGUUCACGCCGAAGAAAAGGAAGUGCCAGAGGGGGAAAUCCAAACGGUGCAGGAUGUUGCCGCCAAUGUUAGUUCUCAAACCUCACCAGUGGGUGUAGCCACGGAAGAUGCUCCCACGGUGGUAGAUUCAUCUGAGAGUGCUAGCGAGCAAACAGUCACAGAUGAACUAUCACAGAGUGUCGCAACACAAUUACAAAUCACCAAUGCAUAA